AACUCAAGAAAGAGACUGUGACUGUGUGUAGAAAUUCAUUGUAGGUUACUGUUUUUCAGCAUUAGUCAAGAAACUUUUCCUGGAACUUCCCGAAGUGAUAUUAUAGGAAGUUAAUCGACAGCGACUUAUUUCUGGGCGGCGCUGGAGAAUAAAUGGAGCACUCCUUACUUGUGACAAGUUACGGGCCACGUUCCAAUACUUUCAAAAAGUUAGUUGCUUCAUGUUAUCUCUUUAUAGUGCAUGUCCUUUCGUCUCAAGCUGACGUUUUAUCAACUCGUACAAACAUGAAAAUGUCGUUUAUUUGUUCAGGUUUUUUGCAAUUUGGGAGAAAUUUACUGAAAGCAGGAAUAUAUUUUUUGAGAACGAAUUGGAACGAGGCCGGAAGAAGAAACAGGUGGCGGGAACAAACACUAAUGUACACGGAGAGUGAUUGUACAGCGACGUGCAACGUUAUAAAAGUUGUUUUUAGUGUAGCACUUUUUUUAUUUUGUCACACUAUCAUAAGAAGACAUCAGCAAUAGCUGGAACAGGCCAGGCAUGAGCGGCGCACACCUGGACGAAUGGCAAAGGAGGUCCUUUGACAUUUCAUCUGGCAACAGUACACCUGAACAGACGGCCGAUGCCUACCGGGCCCACAUCCUCUCCAUUCAGUAUGCAUGGGCAAGCUCCCAGCUCUCUCAGGCCGGCAUGGCCAGCCUGCUCAGGACCUACUCAGAGCGCUACGCCGCUGUGCUGGACUCGGAUGACCCCCACACAGGGCUCAACAACUAUGCAGAGAGCGCGCUCCAUCUGGCCCGCAGUCAGAGGAACUACAGCGACAAAUGGGAGUCGUCCCUGACUGUGGAGAGUGUGCUGCAGUUGCCCAGCGUUCAGAAGAUGAUUCAGGCAAGUACAGGGGGAGAUAGUUUCCCAGUGGCACCAGCUGAUGUGAACGUAACUGUGGGACAAGAGAGCAGAGGCAGCUCCCUCUCUGCUCCAUUUACUGGAGUCAGGUCAGAGGCUGCAUUGUUUAAAACUCUAGGACCACCACAGCCUAAAUCAGAGGUUAGCAACACUGCCACUACUCCUGCUGAUAUUUCUGCUGAGAGGUCAAGAGGUUCAGAUGUUAGCUCAGGCAAUCCAAACUCCUCCUUCCAACUUCCAGCCCGACCACAACCUUUGUUUAGUCAUCCGUCUUCAGCUCUUCCACAGGUGAACUCUGGACCUGCAGUGUCCACACAAAACUAUCAGUCCUCCUCCUUUCCUACCUCCAACCCAUCUAAGCGCAAGAAUUUUUAUAAUUCAGAUGGAGAGGAUGGUGGCAGAGGGCAACAUGGAGGUCAUGGAGGAGCUGACCCACGAGCUGGAAGCAACUUCAAAACAGCUCGUGAGCAGUUCAUUGUUGACCAACAGAAAAAAUAUCAGUCCCAGAGAGGUCAGAACCCUGGGAUGGCAGCAAAUGUGAAGAAAUCUCUGGGUGCUAACAGGCCUCGAGGUGCUUUUUCCAAGUUUGUGUCGCCUAUCCCACGACAGGAAGAAGAAGAAAGUGUGGCGAGCCGUAAUUCCAGUCAGGAACCACAAAUCCUGGAUGAGCGUCUGAAGAACUUUGAGCCAAAGAUAAUUGAGCUGAUCAUGAGUGAGAUCAUGGACCACGGGCCUCCUGUAGCCUGGGAUGACAUAGCAGGCCUGGAGUUUGCCAAGACCACCAUAAAGGAGAUUGUUGUUUGGCCCAUGCUGCGACCCGACAUCUUUACUGGCCUCCGUGGUCCACCUAAAGGCAUCCUGUUGUUUGGACCACCAGGGACUGGAAAAACUCUGAUCGGAAAAUGUAUUGCCUGUCAGUCAGGGGCCACUUUCUUUAGCAUCAGCGCUUCAUCACUUACAUCCAAGUGGGUGGGUGAAGGAGAGAAAAUGGUGCGAGCCCUGUUUGCCAUCGCCCGCUGCCACCAGCCUGCUGUCAUUUUCAUCGAUGAAAUUGACUCCUUGUUGUCCCAGCGGACGGACGGGGAGCACGACUCAUCACGCAGGAUAAAGACCGAGUUCCUCGUUCAGCUGGAUGGGGCGGCCACGGCAGCCGAGGAUCGCAUCCUGGUGGUGGGCGCUACCAACCGGCCCCAGGAGAUCGACGAGGCCGCCCGUCGACGCCUGGCAAAGCGCUUAUACAUCCCCCUGCCCGAAACAGCUGCCCGACACCAGAUAGUGACAAACCUCAUGGCUCGAGAGAAGAACCAGCUGAGAGAGCAGGAGCUGGAGAGCGUGGUAACGUCCACAGAGGGCUUCUCUGGAGCUGAUAUGACUCAGCUGUGUCGAGAAGCGGCACUGGGGCCCAUACGCAGCAUCCAGCUCAGCGACAUCGCCACCAUCACCGCUGAUCAAGUGCGACCAAUCCUGUACGGCGACUUCCAGGAGGCCCUGAAGACCGUUCGACCGAGUGUCUCGACAAAAGACUUGGAGCUGUAUGAAGACUGGAAUAAGACUUUUGGAUGUGGACGUUAAACUUGGCUUCUCAAACUCAUUAUCAUCUACCUCUGUUCACGUUCUGGAUGUUCUUUGGAACUGAGUUAAGAAAAUGGUUCUCUGUGGAGCUUAAAUACUUUGUUGCACAUAGAGUGAGUGGUUAAAAUAGCAGGAAUGCUUAAUGGUGUUGUCUAAAACGACUGCGCAGUCUCACAACAAGCUUCCAAAUACAAGCUUCACAACCAUCAUUUUCUAUAUUCAGAGCUAUGUGUUAGAGUGCCGCAUAUUGUCAGUUAUUCAGUACAAUUGGCCUGCUGGUUUGUGAUCCAUUAUUGUUCAAGCUGCUGUAACUUGGAGGAAAAUGUAAACAGAAGUUGCUAAGAGAGGGAAAUGUUAGCAUAAUUUCUGAAAUGUCUCAAAUGCAGACAUACAUCUGUUAUAAUUAUCCUCACUGUGACAGUUUGCUCUGCACCUUGUUCCCAGCAGUUUGCAUUAAACAUUCAAAUGAUUUUCAGGCGUUCCUAUCAGCCAGGCUUUUUUGUUCAGUUCCUAAUUCACCAGCUGCUUUGUGAUUUGGUGUAAGCAUUAGAAACUGCGCUGUGUACAUGAGCAGUGUUCCAGAUGAAGCAGCAAUUUUGUUUUAUGUUUCUUUCUAGUGAUUUGCAGCCUUUUGUAAUAGUUUGAAGAUUGACAUUCAGCAGAUUUAGCAGUGUUUUCCAGAGAUAUUCUACAAAAUAAUAAUAAUAAAUUAAAUUUCUAUUA